UGCACCCAUCUGCAGUCGCUGUUGGUCGCCGUCCGGCGUGUCUUGUUUACGAUGAGGACGUAAGCGUUGUCCGCCGUGGUCCAGCUCGACAUUUCUGAGGAGCAAGCGAGCGAGAGGCGGGCCAUGUUGACUUUUCCCUCCAACUCGCUCCCCCACCUCGUUUUACCGAUGGAUGGUGAUGCAAUGAUCCCCCACCCCUUCUGUAGUGCACCCCCCCACACUGAGCCUCCACCACCACCUCCUCCUCUCCUCCCCCUUCCCUCCACCACUCCCAGAGAGAGCGAUGGGACAUCAGGCCACAGGGGGAGCGAUCGUAUACAAGCAGUCAAACCUCAGGGCGCUGGAGUGGAGGACAAGGUGGAAACGGCGUCCGCGUACAAUCCGUCCUCGUUCAACAGACGGAGCACGAACAUGGUGCAAGUAUCUCAGUCCAAGCAACCGAGAGUUGAAAGCGCGUCUGAAGAUGAAAAGCACAAGCAGGAUGGCUGUGAUUUUAACAAUGCAGCAGAGUUCCAAAACACGGAAAAGGACUUCGCAGAGGAACAUGACAAGCAUCUGCUGGAGAGGUUGGAUCCAACGCCAGCGAGCGAGGCGCUGGGCCGCUUUGCGGACGCGAGUGCCUCAACCCCCGCCGGGUGGCUGAUGGGUCCUUUGUUCCAGUCCUUCAAGUCCAAGAUGGCCAGCUUCACGGAAAUAGUCAUGAGUCCCACAAAGCUCUUCAAGGACAAAAACCUACCGGCUCCUGAACUUCAACCAGACGAGAAUGACGAGUCAUCGGGAUCCAACCGGGAGUCACGGGAAAACGGCAGACAGGAAGAAAAUGAGAACUUGUUCACUCUGUUACCACAACCUGGAAGUGACUAUAUCCAUUCUCGGAGAUUAUUUAGCACAUCGCCUGACGGAAUAGAAUUCCCUUUACCAUCAAGCCAGGAGGUCCCGCUCUUAGAGGAGCCCACCGUGAAGCUAGCCGACGUUAUUGAGGAUGCAAAAACGUCAGCGCGGCAGAAAACGCGCCCGAGGAAGCCCGCCGUGGAAAAGAUUACCACCAUGUAUUCCUGCAACGUCCAGCUGGAGCGUCUUCACGAUGCCAGGCCUAACCACAUAGACGGCGCUUGCCGUGAACCUAACUCUGGUUUUGUGCAAUCCAAAAGGGUGCUGAACACCCAAGUCCGCGAGGAGAGGAAAAGACUGAAGUUGGACACCAAAAGUAAUGUAGCUAAACAGCCAUCACUUAAACAGAAAGUCCCGUCUGCAGUUUCAGAUGGACAGGAAGCGCUGAAACCUGCCGCCAAGUUUCGCAAAGUCAAGCGGAAAGUGGAAGGGGAUGAGAAGAAUGACUCCGGCAGGAAGGCCAAGCACACGACGGGCGACCUCGGCAGAAACCGCGCGGCGCCCUCCGUACCCGUUCUGCCGCUCGGGAGCGCAAAUGUCAAAGCGCGCAAACGCAAGUCGGUGGUCCCGACGCAGCCGGCCUCUUCUGCCCACCAGUCGGCGCCCGCGGAGGUGGCUGCUCAAAGUGAGGGCGCCCCCAACCCGGGACGCGGCAGGACCAUUAAGAGACUCAAAAAGGCUCCCCGAGGUGGGUUUCAAGCACACACCAAAAAGACUGAAGCUAAAUGUGCAAAAGCUCAAUUGUCGGCGGAACCACUUUACUUUGAAAUGACUCCCUUUGAAGGUAACCAGUCGGAAUGUACCGAGCCAAACCAAAAUGGCGUUUCGGAUGCCAGUGCCUCCAGGUUACGCAACGGAAGGGUUAACGGGAAGCAGCACAGAGGAGAUUCCCAGGUCAGGAGGUCACGAUUUGGUCGGACUCACGCGGACGACAGGACAGCCUCGGCCACCACGGAGGACCUCCCGUCGCGUAGCGUCCAAAGCGCCUCGGCGGCCCGCCUGCUGCGGAGCUACUCGUGCCCGGAGAUCCCCUCGCUCUUUGCCUCGCUCCCUCGCCAGCCGCCGCUCGCCUCGGUCCCGUCACGUGUCCACGGGGGCUCGCGCCGCACUCGGCGCCACACGGUGGGCGGUUCGGAGAUUGAGCGAGAGAUCGCCCCCCUGUGCUUGCGCAAGGAGGUGUACCCGUCCAGACGCUCCUUCCCGUGCGACGGGCAGAACCUGCCGCCCGCCCUCUCGCCCGGCUCCUCGCUGUCGGCGCUGGCUUCCUGCUUCCUGUCCAGCCCGCUGGCCUUCCUGUCGGGGAGGGGCGGGGACAGAGCGGCGCCCGCCAGCCACACCGUUUCGAGCCAUGCCGCCCCGUCGUCUUCUUCUUCUUCGCCGAUUCUCAUGAAAACGGAUACCUCAUGUGGCACCCAAGACGCCUGCACCAGCGCGAUUCUGCUGGCGGGCGAAACUGACGGCAUAGCGCCGAGUGAGGAGGAGGACGAGGACGCCGGCUCCUCCAGUCACGAGUUUGACGAAGCGGCGGCAGCACUGAGAGAAGAGAAGUCUCUGUCAGACUCUGAGCUCAAGAGUGCGCAGAAACACGAGCAGCGCGGUAAGGUGUCGUCCAUCCGCAUCCGGAAGGCGCUGCCCAAACCUCAGAACAACCUGACGCCCAUGGGGCUCCCCAAAGCCGUCAGGCUCAAGAAGAAGCAGUUCAGUUUGGAGGAAAUUUACACCAACAAGAACUUUUGCAAACCACCCGAAAGCCGGCUGGAGACCGUCUUCGAGGUGCCGCUCAGCCGCCGCGACGGCUCAGAGUCUCUCUUCGGCCAGCGUCGCCUCAAGCGCUUCCUGGAGUUCCUCGAGGUGGGCGAGGCCCGGAAGCCCAAGAAGGUACUGGGCGGGGGCGUCGGCAAAUCGGGGGCCGCGUCGUCCCGCACGAGACGGGGGGGCUUCGCCAAGGAUGACGCCGUCGCGUCCCUACUGCCGCCGCCCGACGCCGACUCUCUUCUGUGCGCCAAACUGAAGCAGCUCGACUUGUGGCUCAUCCGCGACCAGGUGGAUACCAUGUGUUGACUUUCCAUCUGUUCCCUGAAUGAGUCGCCUGCACGGGAAAACUUGGCACCCAUGUUCAUUUGUUAUGGUUACCACACGAGGACAACAAUAAUGGCAGCUUUUAUUUAUUACUUUGCAACUUAGUCAUGUGUCGCAGUUUUGUGUGUGUGUGUGUGUGUGUGUGUGUGUUGUUGUUGCCCAGUUGAACGAGGCAGCCUUAAACACACCCUCAGUGUUCUUUUUUGUAUCAAAGUGUCAUUUUUUUUUUUUUUUUUUUUUUUUUUUUUUUUAAAAAGCGUUUAUUACAUCGAAGUCUUUAUAUAAAGCACACCAAGCAUUGAAUAUAGUAAGAACGCCACUUUUUUUUUGUUACCGUGGUGGCUAAUUUAUUAACUUUCCUACAGGCUUGGGUAUUGAAUAUUCAUGUGUCGAGGAGUUGUCAUGUAUAACUGUUGUAUACUUGGUUUUAUACAUAAUGAUUUACAAGUGUCUCUGUCGUGGGAAAUAAAUAUCCGCUUAUAAGAGUG